AUGCCCUCAAUCACAAUAGCAACUCUUCCCCGCAUGACUCGGGAUGCUCUCUCUGAGCUGCUUCUCUCGACCAGUUCUCCCAACAAGCUCGCCAUUAUCGACGUAAGAGAUUCGGACCACAUCGGCGGGCAUAUUCAUUCCUCCACCUGGGUUCCAAGCUCAUCACUCGACUAUCGCAUGCCGGAACUGGUUCGAACGCUCAAAGACAAAGAAAAGGUUGUAUUCCACUGUGCCCUGAGCCAACAGCGCGGCCCCUCUGCCGCCCUCCGCUACGUGCGAGAGCGAGAGGCAGCAUUGGGUCCUGAAGAAAGCAAGAAGCAACAGGUCUAUGUCCUCGAGGGCGGGUUUGUCCAGUGGCAGGAGAAAUAUGGUAAAGACACCCGGCUGACAGAGGCGUACGUCGAGGAUAUAUGGAGAGAGUAUUGA